CGCGGCGCUAUGGAAUAAAGUCGACGGGAGGAGUCGCUUGUUGGAAGGCGUAGAGGGCGAGGCGCGCGUCGUUGUUGCAGAACAGAUCGCGGCCCAUAGGCUCGGCAAAGCAAAGCUGCGUCGGAUUCCUUCUUGCGAGGCUUUGCCUGCCGCCAUUGAUCCCUUUCUCCGGAGCCGUCGAGCAACAGGCGGCGACGAAAAGGGCCGCCGGUCCAGAUUUGGAGCGGAAAAGAGCAGCUGGACGGCGCGUCGGAAGAAGCAGCCGAUCGAGGAGAGCCGCCGACAGACCUGCCCCGCCUGGACGUGGCGAAGUGGGCGGUUCCCGCGGCAAGGCCGGAGCCCGCAGGCGAGACUCUCCCGGCCCUGUCGGCCUCUCUCCCGGCGUCGGUUCGCGACGGUGCCCCGCAGAAGGCGCGAGCAGACGGCUGCUGCCGAUCGCGGGGAAGGGGUCGCCGCGGUUUCCCUGCUGGAGCAGUAUAACCGCGCGGGCUUGGCGCAGCUAGCCAUGGCGGCGAUCCGCAAGAAGCUGGUGGUGGUGGGCGACGGCGCGUGCGGCAAGACGUGCCUGCUGAUCGUCUUCAGCAAGGACGAGUUCCCCGAGGUGUACGUGCCCACCGUCUUCGAGAACUACGUGGCCGACAUCGAGGUGGACGGCAAGCAGGUGGAGCUGGCGCUGUGGGACACGGCCGGCCAGGAAGACUACGACCGCCUGCGCCCGCUCUCCUACCCGGACACGGACGUUAUCCUCAUGUGCUUCUCCGUUGACAGCCCCGACUCCCUGGAGAACAUCCCGGAGAAGUGGGUGCCCGAGGUGAAGCACUUCUGCCCCAACGUGCCCAUCAUCCUGGUGGCCAACAAGAAGGACCUGCGCAACGACGAGCACGUGCGCAACGAGCUGGCGCGCAUGAAGCAGGAGCCCGUGCGCACCGACGACGGCCGCGCCAUGGCCAUCCGCAUUCAAGCCUACGAUUACCUCGAAUGCUCGGCCAAGACCAAGGAAGGCGUGCGGGAGGUUUUCGAGACGGCCACGCGAGCCGCCUUGCAGAAGCGCUACGGCACCCAGAACGGCUGCAUCAAUUGCUGUAAGGUGCUAUAAUGGCGCGCAAAAACGCGCAAAGAAGGGGCAGUUUUCUGGAGGGACGCGCUGGAAAGCCGAGAGCCGCGCGCAGGACAAACCAUGGGUGGGUGUCGUCGGAAUGCAUGCUUCUAGAGGAGGCGCGGGAGCAUGUGUGAACCCCCCACGGGACACGGGGAGGCCUUGAUUAUCUUCGCAGAGGGCGGACCCCUCGCCAAGGCAUCGCCCUGUUUGCUGACACUGAGAGGCAACGACUCUCCCCGCCUUCCAAAAGGGCUACUGUGAGACUUGAAUGUACCGGGCUCCUUUCUUCUUUCUUUCUUUCCUUGCUGGGGAGGACUGCAGACCCAUCGCCAAGCCAAAUAUGGGAAUCCCAUUUCUCGAGCUAUUGUGAUGGAGGCUAUAGUAAGACUAUUGAGGUGUCUCCCCACCCAGGACUGAACGGAUACACUUAACUCUGCAAAGAGACAUUGUGCUGGACAGACUUGUUCUCUCUCCUCUCUCCCACCCCCAGUAUCUCCUGCUGUGAAUUCGUAUUUUCCUUGGGGCUUUGAAAAGGGGAGGAGGGUGGUGGUUUUCCGAGGGGAGGGAUCUCCGCUGUGUGUACAUAUAAAAUAUUCUCUCGUUUAAACCGGAA